CCCUUCUCUCUCGGUUAGGUGUGAGAGCGACCUUUGGGAAUCAACCACCAUCCAUAAAUCCCCACCCCCCUAAAACCAACCGCCACUCCAUCCCCAGCUGCCAAAACCCAGCCUACGAUAGGUAACAAUGCAUGUCAAAAUCUCAAACACCACCCCCGUCUCCCCCUCUCCGCAACCCUUCGAGCAAGAUCAUGUCCUCUCUCUCUCCCAUCUCGAUACCGACCCUAACCUCAACGUCACCUUCCGUUACCUCCGUGCCUACCUCAACACCCCUGCUUCCACUCCCUCCUCCAACGAUCCCUUCCAUGUCAUCUCCACCGCACUCUCCUCCGCUCUUGUCCUCUACUACCCUCUUGCCGCAACUCUCCGCCGAAGCCGCCACAGUGACAACCGCCUCGAGUUGUUUUGCUCCCCCGGUCAAACCGUCCCUCUUGUUCAUGCCGCCGUGGACUGUGCUCUUGACUCCCUGAACUACCUCGACGACGCGGAUGCACAGUUUGUAGAACAGUUGGUGCCCGACCCGAACCCGGAUGACGGGCUGGUCGACCCGUGUGUGCUGCAGGUCACGGUGUUCAAAUGUGGCGGCUUUACUCUCGGGGCAGCGAUACACCACUCGUUGUGUGAUGGCCUCGGCGCGACUCAGUUCUUUAAUGCUAUGGCUGAGUUAGCUCGAGGGGCGAACCGGGUGUCGGUUGCUCCGGUGUGGGACCGGGCAAGUUUGUUGGGGCCCAGAAAACCGCCCAAAGUUGAGGCGCCGCUCCACGAGUUUUUUACUUUGGAUAAGGGGUUUUCACCGUACAGCCAGGCGAAGAUUGGUCCAGUUGUGAGGGAAUGGAUUCCUGUGAGGGACGAGUGCUUGGAACGGUUCAAGACGGUACUGUCUGAGCGAUCUGGCUCGAAAUUCACCACGUUUGAAGCUUUGGGUGCUUUCAUAUGGCGGGCCAAGAUUAAAGCCUCUGGGGUUCCAGGUGAUGAGCUGGUGAAGUUUGCAUAUUCAAUCAACAUGAGGAAACAGGUAGAGCCACCAUUACCGAUCGGCUAUUGGGGAAAUGGCUGCGUUGCAAUGUACGUGCAGCUUAGCGCAGAAGAGCUGCUGGAUAAACCCAUCUGGGAAACAGCGGACCUGAUCAGAAAGAGCAAGAGCAAAGCCACAGACGAAUACGUUCGCUCCUUCAUCGACUUCCAGGAGCUACAUUAUGGAGAUGGGAUCACAGUAGGGAAAGGGGUGAGUGGAUUUACGGACUGGAGGCACUUGGGUCACUCGACGGUGGAUUUCGGAUGGGGUGGUCCUGUUACUGUUUUGCCACUCUCAAGGAACCUCCUUGGAAGCGUUGAGCCUUGCUUUUUCUUGCCCUAUUCUUCGGGUAGGGCUGGAAUUAGUAAGGAUGGUUUCAAGGUGCAAGUGACUUUGGAAGAGAGUGCAAUGCCUGCUUUCAGGGAAGAGAUGAAGAAGUUUAGCAGCAGCAGCCAAGAACUUGGGUCGUCUAGAUAUUAGAUAUUACUAUUGGCGACUCCAAGUCGAUGUUGCGGUUAUCUAUUGUUUGUAUAUUUUGCAAAACAUGCAUAAUCAGGCAGGCCGAAGAGUAUUGUUCGUAAAUAAAAAUCUAUAUCUAUGAGAAAAACUUUGAACCGGUUGAUCUA